AUGGAAGCAGAAGGGAGGAGUGAGCAGGGUAAGCAGAAGAAGGGGCGACUUUGCAGCAGCCUCUGGCCCGAGGGCUACCCCGCCGCUGGGACUCUGACCUCCACGGUGGACAUGAGUCCUCGGCCCUACAGGAACCUUUCUGGUGUAGGAGUGCGGAGACCACGGCUUUCCCCACAAGGUGCACAGAGGGGUCGCCCGCACUCCAGGCGCCGCCACCGAACCACCUUCAGCCCAGCGCAGCUGGAACAGCUGGAGGCAGCCUUUGGGAGGAAUCAGUACCCUGACAUUUGGGCCCGAGAGGGCCUCGCCCGGGACACAGGCCUCAGUGAGGCGAGAAUCCAGGUCUGGUUCCAGAACCGCAGAGCUAAGCAGAGGAAGCAAGAGCGGUCACUGCUCCAGCCACUGGCCCAGCUGUCUCCUGCCACCUUCUCUGGUUUCUUGCCCGAGUCCCCUGCCUGCCCCUACUCCUACCCAACACCACCUGCACCCAUGACCUGCUUCCCUCACCCCUACAACCAUGCCCUUCCCUCUCAGCCCUCCACAGGCAGUUCCUUUGCUCGGCCCCACCAGUCUGAAGACUGGUACCCCGCCUUGCACCCAACUCCCACUGGUCAUCUGCCUUGCCCCCCACCCCCAGCUAUGCUUCCCCUUAGCCUUGAGCCACCAAAGUCCUGGAACUAA